AUGUGGUUAUGGCACUCUUGGCACAAUGCUGUCUUCACAGCAACCACGCUCUUAGUGACUGGUAGUCUAGUCACCUCAUACGAGCUAGAUGUCCAAUCUACAGAUUCUAUAAAGACUAUAGCGAAACAAAUGGCACAGGACCUGGUGUCAUUCUAUGACGGUAAUGAACCUGGACAAACUCCGGGCCUUCUCCCGCAACCAUAUUACUGGUGGGAAGGAGGUGCUUUCAUGGGUGCAUUGAUUGACUAUUGGUAUUAUACUGGAGACACUACUUACAACGAGCUCGCUAUGCAAGGUUUACUACAUCAGGUCGGCCCUUACAAUGACUAUAUGCCCCCAAACCAAACACUUACUGAAGGGAACGAUGAUCAAGGGUUUUGGGGGAUGGCUGUUAUGUCCGCAGCCGAGUACAAGUUUCCUGAUCCGCCAUCAGACCAGCCAGGAUGGUUAGCAUUAGCACAGGCCGUUUUCAACACACAAGCUGCCAGAUGGGAACCGGAAAAUUGCAACGGCGGCUUGCGAUGGCAGAUUUUUACAUGGAACAACGGUUUCGAUUAUAAGAACUCUAUCUCCCAGGCUUGCUUCUUCAACCUUGCUGCGCGGCUGGCACUCUACACGGGAAAUAGCACUUACGCUGACUGGGCUGUUAAGACUUGGGACUGGAUGGUCGCUGUCAAACUUAUUGGUGAUACAUAUAGGAUUUACGAUGGCACGCAUAUCGGUGAUAAUUGCUCGACCAUUACCCCCUAUGAGUUUUCGUACAACCCCGGCGCGUUUCUCCUUGGGACGGCUGCUAUGGCGGCAUACGCGAACAAGUCGAAUCAGGCAGAAGAACUAGGAAUGUGGCACGAACGUGUAGACGGAAUACUUAACAGUACCGAAAACAUAUUUUUCUUUGGAAACGACACUGCGGACAAAGUCAUGAUCGAGAUCGCGUGUGAGCCAGUAAACUUAUGUGAUACCGAUCAAUUAUCCUUCAAGGCCUAUUUGAGUAGAUGGAUGGCGGCAACAACGAAAUGGGCGCCUUGGACCUUCGAUCGCAUUCGAACUUUGCUACAGAACUCUGCCGUGGCAGCCGCACAGCAGUGCCAGGGCGGUAGCAAUAAGCGUAUGUGCGGAUUCAAGUGGGCGAAUAAUAGCGGGACUUAUGAUGGCACGACCGGCGUUGGACAGCAGAUGGCUGCUAUGGAGGUGGUGUUGGCUAACAUGAUCCACGAAGCCGAAGCGCCAGUUACCAACAGCACCGGCGGGACCAGCGUUGGCAACCCAUCCGCAGGCGGCUCCGACGAGGGACGCAUCGACCCAUCUGGACGGUACUACGGGCCAACCUCUACAGGCGACCGGGCCGGUGCCGCCAUUUGUACUAUCGUCAUUCUCUUCUCUCUCCUAAGCGGAAUAGCCUUCAUGGUGGCGGAUGAGACGAAAUCGGCAGCAGAUAAUUUGGCUACCUUCCGCUCAUCCCUAUCUCCAGCGGCCAUAUUAGCAGCCCUAACACCAGCACGAAAGCAAAAGGUAGAUGAGAAGGGAAAGGGAAAGGACCUUGGGAUGGACAGAAGUUCGAGUACCGAAUCAGGUGAGAAGAUACCGACGGUGUAUGCAAAUAGGGGUGGAAAAUUGCAAAAGCACACAGACAGCAUGCAGCACAGGAUGUCUGCCCCGACCAUGUUGUCCCCGAUGAGUGGCGCAGCAACAAGAACAUUGACGUCGGAUAAGACUCGACCGCUCUCAACGAAUACCAUUGACCAGAGAGCUUCGGUGCUUCGAAAACAGAGGGCUUAG